CUAAGAAGGCAACAAGAUAGCUUACGUUGUAUAUAUCCCUGACGUCGGCAACUCAGAAAAUAGUCGGCUAAGCAAAGCUUCGGAAAUGGUGGGGACACCGUAGUGCGAAAUAGUAUUAACGGUAUUUUUUUCUCCAUCAACAUUCUCCUAUAGUUUUAUAUUUCAUCUACCUCGGUACAGUAAACACUUGAAAGUAACAUCCCUCCAAGUUGUGGCGUAUUAAUGGAGGAGAAGAAGGAAGACGGCGACUCGGAGAUACAGGAACACGGACCCGAGCACUGGUUCUCAAAAUGGGAGCGGCAGUGCUUGGCCGAGGCCGAGCAGCGAGAGCCGAGCGAGGAAGAGGCCGACGACGACCAGGAUAAACUAUGGCAUCUUUUCCAGAACUCCGCCACCGCCGUGGCACAGUUAUACAAAGACCGAGUUUGUCAUCAACAGGGUCUCUCACUGUGGGUCCCAUUUCAGAACGCCGCUACAGCAGUCACCAACCUGUACAAAGAAAGUGCUGAUGCGCAUCAGAGAAGUUUCGACAGAGGCAUCCAGACAGGACACCAGCGGCGUAACAAGGACAUGUUGGCCUGGGUGAAAAAGCGGCGGAGAAACAUCCGCAGGGAAGAUCUGAUCAGCUUCCUGUGCGGCAAAGCACCGCCACAUAGGAGCAGCAGGGCCAGCAGCAGGUUGGCCAUGGUGGCCCCCAGCCGGGCUAACUCGCCGGCCGAGACCGGCUCGUCUGUGGAAGCCGACCUCCAGCCUUUCAGGGAGGCCAUAGCACUUCAUGGUUUGAGCGGCGCCAUGGCGAGCAUCAGCGUGCGCUCCGGUGCCCCGGGGUCGCCCACGCACGUGAGCGCAAGCAGUGGCAGCGCCACCGCCGGAGGCGGGGCUUCUUCGGGCUCGGGGGCACUGUGCCGCAGCAGACGUAACGGCCUGCAGGACGUCGAUCUGAACACUUUCAUCUCGGAGGAGAUGGCGCUGCAUCUGGACUCUACCGGCGCCGCCUCCGCCGGGGGAGGGGCUAGGAAACGAAACUCCGCCCAAUGUAGCGACGUCAUCACGGACUCCCCCACUCACAAACGCAACAGGAUGAUUUGAAGCGCUCGCCUUGUCUCCCUUCCCCAUCACGCCACAAGUGUGUCCAAGCGGUGACGGCCCGGGAUCAAGACAUGACCGUGCCCUCUGACCUCACCCACCACCUUAAAAGGAAGUGACCACAUAGCACUUCCUGUUACUUUGACGCUUCUUCUACCGCCAGUGUUCAUCAUUUACACGACGUGAUCGCCUAAAUCAUUUUGUAGGGGUGUCCCGAUCUUACUUUCACACCCGAUAUUGCAUGUGCGAUAUAAGCAGUCUUGCAGCGGGUUUGUGUAUGAUAUCACAAGCGAUACAAGCAGUCCUUCAGCGUGUUUGUCUGUGAUAUCAUGUGCGAUACAAGCAGUCGUGUGUGUGUGUGUUUUAUCAUGUGCGAUAUAAGCUCUCCCACAGCUUGUUUACUUGCGUGUGAUAUCAUGCAAUACAAGCACUCCUGCAGCUUGUUUACUUGCGUGUGAUAUCAUAAGCGAUACAGUCUUCCAGCAUGUUUGUAUGUAAUACCGUACGCAAUGCAAGCAGUCCUGCAACAUGUUUGUGUGUGAUAUCAUGUGCGAUACAAGCAGCCAUGAAGUGUGAUAUCGUGUGGUAUACAAGCAAUCCUGCAGCUUUUUUACUUGUGCAUUUAACAUCCACAUGUCGUCCAAUAAGCACACAGUUUCUUCUAUUUUAAUCAAGUCACAUACACAUGGCAGCUACACAACAGCUAAGCACAUGUAGUAAUUAUUGACAUCAAGUAUCAAAUAUUUAUAGUUGCAUAUUACUUACACAUACAAAGUCUCCGAGGCGUAUUAGAAACUAUCCAGUAACAAACGUGUCCGCUUUGUUCAGCUUACUUGGUCAUAAGCUUACCUUCAUGAAUUACUGUGACCACUAGGUGUGGCCAAAACAAUGACCACUCCACUUCAACUUAAAGACAGCUCAAGUCCAUUCCAGGUGGUUAAAUAAGUUUUUCAUAUCAACCUUUUCUGACUCAUUUCACUUGGUCAAACCUAUUCUAAUAUUGUUCACUAUUAAGUAAUACAAGUAUGUACUUGUAAUGCUGAUAUCGUAUCACAUUAAUAUCCAAAGUGAAGAAGUUGUAUUGGGACGCCCCUAUUUAUUUGUUGAGCCAUUAUUUCUCAAUAACAUGUUUAAAAGCAGCUGCCCUUUUAUGUGUGACUCUUCUGAGUAGUUGCAAUUAGUUAUUUUUGCACUUAACAUUUCAAUCUGCAAAGAAAAAUCGGCUCUUCCGCAGCGCUCUGCUCUUAGCCCCGCCCACUUGGUGGCCGUCACGCCCACAGGCCAAACUGUCCUCCGGCAGGGACUGCCAAGUGCACAAUGUGCUUCAAUAAGAAUAUUUAAUAACAAUAUGAUGAUUUUGUUCCAAAAGGAAGUAAAACAAGUUGGUUUCCAUUUGAAAGUCAGCUGGUGCCAUCGCUCAGACGUCACCGGCAGCACUUUUUGCUCAAAUGAAAACAAUAUUUAUUUUGCUUUAAUAAAUGAGGUCAGUGUCCCACAAACUACCAGGAAGGAUUUCUCUUUUGUAUAAAGUGUGCCACUUUAGUUUUGAACUGACUUUGCUUUCACUCUUUCAGCUCGUUUUGUUUCAUGAUUGUUUUGUUGCAAAACCACUAAAAACUGGGAUUUCAUUGGCUGUCAACCUGUAACAUGUGGUGAUUUCAUAGGAACUUCCCCAAUCUGCUUUCACUUUGUUUGAAAUCAUUGCAACACAUUGGCUGUCAGUUCUGUCGUCACUUUGCUCUGCAACAAUCAUGACUUCAAGGCAAAAACGAUGUUUCUCGUUAGUCGCAUCAAUAAAAGGGAACGUUUGUGUGGACAAAAGAAACAAAUUUCAUUUUUACCCCAAUCAUCACAUUCUAUACAUGCCAACACUAUUAUUAUUAUUAUUAUUAUUAUUAUUUUUAUCAUCAGCCGUUGAUGCAUAACUCAGAAAAGGGUCAACAAUGGCUAAUCGAUAUACUUAACAUUUAAUAGUUGUUAUGAUAUAUGUUGUUCACAAUGUAAAUAUGAAAUUAAACAGUUGCAAACUGAA